UUGAUUGAUUUGAUUGAUUGAUUAUUUAAUUGAUUUGAUUGAUUCAUUGAUUGAUUCAUUGGCAAAACUGAUUGAUUGAUUGAUUGUCCUAAUUUCAGUCAAAAUUUCAUCCUGUUUAGUUGGACAUCCCAUGUAAUGAUAACACGCCCAUUUAUUUAUAACAUUCCUUCCUCCCUUCCUCCUUUACUUUCUCCUUCCUCCCUCCCUCUCUCUCUCAUUCAUUCAUUCAAUCAAUCAAUUUUAUCCUGCAGCACUUCAAGCUGCAUUUACUCUAGUGCUGACAGAUACUUUUGCUCUUUUAACUUGGCAUGUUUAGCAUGUUUUGUGAACCCAUCUUAAGAGAUGGGGGGGGAAAAGGUUUCAAGGUUUACGCUUUCUACACCAAGUAAGUUAGCAAAACAGGGAUUUUGAAGGACUUCAAAUGGGAAAAGAAGAAAAGGUUGAUUGGCGCAAAUGGAAACAACAAAAAAAAGAAGAGACGAAACAAUGGAAAGAGAUGAAACUGUUGAAGAAGCUGGAGAAGAAGAGAGCCCGAGAGCUGAUGGAGAAAGAGAGAGAAGAAGCAAAGCCGACGGAGGAAAAAGGGCGGCACUACACAGUCAGCGUAGCUGUUCCCGGAUCGAUUCUAAGCAAUGCGCAGUCUCCUGAAUUGCGGACGUAUCUGGCCGGACAAAUAGCCCGUGCCUGCGUCAUCUUCUGCGUGGACGAAAUUGUGGUGUUUGAUGAACAAGGAGAAAAUUCCAAGACCAUCGAAGGCGAGUUCAAGGGGGUCAAGGGCAAAGGCCAGGCCUGCGUCCAGCUGGCCCGGAUCCUUCAGUACCUAGAGUGCCCGCAGUAUCUAAGGAAGUCUUUUUUCCCCAAACAUCAGGACCUGCAAUUUGCUGGGCUCUUGAACCCUCUGGACAGUCCACACCAUGUCCGAAUGGACGAAGAGUCGGAGUAUCGGGAAGGGAUCGUUCUGGCCCGGCCCACCAAACCUGGCCAAGGGUCUUUCGUGAACUGUGGGAUGCGGAAGGAGGUCCAGAUAGAUAAGCAAUUGGAAGGGGGCCUUCGUGUCACUGUGCGCCUGGAUGAAAAGCAGAAUGCAGAGAGCAAAAAGGAGAAAGGUGUUGUUGUAUCAUCACAAAGUCCUCGCACCGUUUCUGGCCUUUACUGGGGCUACAGCGUCCGAUUGGCUUCGUGUCUGAGUGCCGUCUUUGCUGAAUCUCCUUUUAAGGAUGGCUACGAUCUCUCCAUUGGAACCUCGGAACGCGGAUCCUCCAUAGAUGAAGCCACUCUACCUGCCUUCAGCCAUGCUUUAAUCAUCUUCGGGGGUGUGAAUGGUCUUGAAACCGGAGUGGAUGCGGAUCCCAACCUGGACGUCAGCGACCUCAGUACCUUGUUCGAUUUGUAUUUGAACACCUGUCCGGGGCAAGGAAGCCGCACCAUCAGGACGGAGGAAGCUCUCCUGGUCUCGCUCUCGGCGCUGAGGCCUAAGAUUGACGCAGCGGCUAAGAAAGGACGAAGUGGGAGCUGAGUGCUAGAUGCGAGGCAGAGCCCCCCACCCCUGAGGGCCAAAUGGGGAACAGAUGUGUAAGGACCGGUCCAGCUGCCCCCAAAUGGACCAACUGGGGCACCCUGUGAGAGGGGUGCCAAGAUGGUGGCACCCAUGAACCCAUAUGGAGUUUAAGACGGACCAUAGAACAAGCUUCUUAAAUUUGGCAAUUUGACAAGGUGCGGACUUCAACUCCCAGAAUUCUGCAGCUCCUUUCCCUUCCAUAAGUGGAGAGGCCACACCUGUAUUUUAUUCAUGCUGGUAUUUUUUAAAGUUAUUUAUAACGAUGGAGGGGACCUGCAGCCACCUCACUCCAACCAAGAAACUAGAGUUAAAGCUGAACGAAAGAGGCUGUUUCGUCAUUUCUUUUGGUGGGGAAAAAAUAUGUCUUCAAAGCAUUAUUUACGUGGCAGAAAUAAAUGGGAGAAGGGGGCUGUCUCCUCGUCUCCCAAGUCCCA